AUCACUCAGGGUGAGCCCCAGAAGUCAUGCUCCAAGCCUGUAGCAGACAAAGUCACAGAGAGCUGCCAGCAAAUUUGCCAGUGCAGGCCACCUCCGCUGUUACCACCGCCUCCUCCACCUCCACCGCCCCCGAGGUUGCUAGUGGUGCCAACUCCCAAGUCCACCUUUUGUCCCACUGAAGAGACCUGGUGGCCAGGCCUGGUUAUUAUCAUCGCAGUAUGCUGCGCCACACUAGUGUUCCUCUUCGUAGUUGUCAUCAUUUGCUACAAAGCCAUAAAAAG